CAACACAACACGAUACACCCUUUCCUGGUGCGAUUUGUGGUGGGAUUCGACGACACCCUCUUUUCAAUUUCUCUUUCCCAUCAUUCCCCCCCUUUCUUCCUUUCCCUUCUCUGUCCCUGAAGUUGCCGCUGUCGUCGUCUUGCAUUUCCCUCCCUCGUCGCAAUACCAGAUUCCCGAUUCUCGAUAGCCCCGGAGCUGCUCAAUCGCAAGCAGCUAUCCCUGGAGGCUGCAGCUGACCGCCGCGCGCAAACAGACCCUGUCGGUCUAAUCUCUGCGCCGAGACAUUGACAAAGACGAAAAAACAAACCACAGUUCCAACAGACAAUCGCAACCAUGGCUUCUCGUCUCCAAGGAGAAGCUCUCGAUGAUGUCGAGCACAACCCUCACGCUUCCUCCAACAGAUGGCGUCAUCAAGAGAGCUCGGCUUUCGCGCGUCAUGCCGUCGCCGCCCAUGCCCAGCCCCGCGAUCCCCAAGAACGAGGAACCACGAACGAUCUGGCCAGUUUCCUGAACCGCGACCGCGUCGAGCCUGAGAACCCCAAUGCUGCUCCCAAUUUCAAACCCAUUAUGAUCGCCGCCGGUGAGGCUGCCGGCCAGGAGGAGCCGCGCUCGAACCCGACUCACGCCAACGAGCAGGAACCCCCCGACGGCAGGGAGAUCAUUUGCGGCCCACUACUCAACUACCGCAGGAUGGACGGCGACCGUUGGUACGGGAGUGUCUUGAUUGUUGCCAGGGGCGGCGGUAAGACGCAGAGUUUCUUUCCUCACCUGGUUCUACGUCCUGCCGACACGGUCAAUGACCGGCAGGCUCAUGCUGAGACGAAUGGAGUGGAUGGCACCAACGGCGCCGUCAAUACCUCCGACUCCGGCGCAGCAACCGGCAGCAACACGAAUGACGCGGAAAUUCAAGGGCAAUGCCUCUACUCCGACCCGCGCAAUACCUUCUGGGCCUUCGACAUAACUCUUCCUCUCAGUCAAGCCGAGGCGAAGUGGGAGUACUUGAUUCCGGAUAUGCGACAGUCGGCCACCAUCCGACCCGACCGCUACCACUUCUUCGUCCCCGCCAUCCACGAGUCGAUGCGCAUCAUGUUCCAUUCUUGCAACGGAUUCAGUGUGGGUACGGACGAAGACGCCUGGAGUGGUCCCGCCCUGUGGAACGAUGUCAACAGGCACCACAAAGAACGGCCAUUUCAUGUCAUGCUCGGAGGAGGUGAUCAGAUCUACAACGAUGGCAUUCGAGUCGACGGGCCCCUGCGUGAAUGGACCGAGAUCUCGAACCCCAAGAAGCGCAAACACUUCCCCUUUCCGGAGAAGCUUCGCCAGGCUUGCGACGACUACUACUUGAAGAACUACAUUCGCUGGUACUCAACGGAGCCCUUCGCGACUGCCAAUGCCCAGAUCCCCCAGCUCAACAUAUGGGAUGACCACGAUAUCAUCGACGGGUUCGGUUCUUACGUCGACGACUUCAUGCGAUGCGACGUGUUCAGGGGCAUUGGUGGAACUGCUCACAAGUACUACAUGCUGUUCCAGCACCACCUUCCCCCACCAGCGUCUACCUAUACCUCAGACCAUACCACUACAUCCGAGGACCAAGGUCUCGACCCCAACCAGCUCAUGGACAGCUUUGUUGCCCCUGCCAAAUCAGACCCCAGUUACAUUGUUGGAAAGCAGCCCGGCCCUUAUGUGGCCGAGCACUCGCACAAUAUGUUCGCCCGAUUGGGAGCGCGUAUUGCCUUCCUCGGUAUCGACGCUCGAACCGAGCGUACGCGCCACCAAAUCAACUAUCCAGAGACGUACGACUUGAUCUUUGGCCGCCUGAGGCAGGAGCUGAAGUCGGCUGCCGAAUCGGGGCGCCCGUUCAAGCACUUGAUUCUCCUGCUAGGAAUUCCGAUAGCAUACCCUCGCUUGACGUGGCUCGAGAAUGUUUUCAGAAGCCCUAUUAUGGGCCCGGUGAAGUUCUUGAACAGGAGAUUCGGCUUCGCCGGUGGUGUCUUUAACCACUUCGACGGCAGCAUCGACUUGCUCGAUGAUCUCGACGACCACUACACGGCCAGGACCCAUAAAAAGGAGCGCAACGCUCUCGUCGAGAGGCUUCAGGCCAUUUCGUCCGAGUUCUCGGUCCGCAUAACCAUUUUGGGUGGUGAUGUGCACUUGGCGGCCAUGGGCCGCUUCUACUCCAACCCUCGCCUCAACAUUGCCACAGAGAACGACCACCGCUACAUGGCCAAUGUGGUCUCUUCGGCCAUCACCAAUAAGCCGCCGCCAGCGGCUAUUGCGAACUUGCUGGCCAGGCGGAACAAGAUCCACCAUCUGAACCACGACACUGACGAGACUCUGCUCAGGUUCUUCGACAAGGACCCGGGUGACUCGAGCAAGACGUCGGGCUCCAACCAUGUAACGAUGCCCAGUCGCAACUUUGCCAUAUUGACAGAAAAUUCGCCCAACCAGGGACUUGCGGCGCCUACCAACGGCGAUACGCGAUCUGUGAUCUCGGGCAAGGGCGGGCAUGAUUUCCUACACAAUGGCGAGGUCGAGUCCGGCUCAAAGCAUAAGGCUGCCGGGAAACAGCACGGUACCGGCAAUGACGGCAGCUUGGACAUCUGCAUCCGUGUCGAGAUCGACCAAUCCAACCGCGAAGGUAUCACUGAGGGCUACGGUGUCACUGUGCCCCAACUCAAAUACCAGAGUCAGCCUGAGCCGGUCGAGGCAUUCCCCGAGCAGGAGCGCCCCAAUGGGCACGGAGAAUAGAAGGCUCUGAGCGACGUUGUCGCGAACGCCCGAUGAAGUUUCGAGGUGGCAUCAAACUUUUGCUGCUAUUGGUACUCCGGCGAUCGGAAAGCCGAUCCGAAGUGUUGAUGGUUGCAUUACGUUAUACCCAUGAAGCGAGCUACCCAUAUUACCUAGUGAUAGACGGGUGUAGAAUAUCCAGAGUGGGUGUAUCUGGGAGCCCGAGCUCUGCAUUGUUUGCUGGAUAUAUCAAGCCGCGGGAGACCCAGAGAGGUGGGCCCGAGAACGAGGCUUCUUUUUUUGUUGCUUUUUUUUCCUUCUCUAUCACAAUGUUCUAAUUCAUCUUACUUUUCUUCUCUUUUAGCAGCUAGGAGCAAUAAUACAUGCCGCGUCUCCA